UAUCCCCAUCACUAAGAAACUUCCGACACGUGCUGAAUUGAAUUGUUUUUUUUGCGUGCCUUGUUUUUCAUGUAAGAAUUACCCCGGAAAAUGGCCGAGACGAGCGGAAAGAUCAAGUUCCUGGUGGCGGACACCACCGCCUUUAUCAACGCCGUGCCCCUGAAUGAAUACGCGGAGCAGGUGCUCACCGUGCCGGAUGUGGUGGCCGAGGUGCGCAACAAGCGCCAGAUCCGUCGCCUCUGCGUCCUGCCCUUCGACCUUCAGGUGCGCGAGCCGCGUCCCGAGAGCAUCAAACACUGCGUGGAGUUCGCCAAACGAACGGGCGACUAUGCGAGUCUCUCGGGGAUCGAUCUAAAGGUCAUCUCGCUCACCUACGAACUGGAGGCAGACACCGUGGGCACCGACCACCUGCGCACGGAGCCCGUGAUGGCCCAAACCAUUGCCUCCAAGGAGAAACCCGAGGAAAUGCAGGAUGCCAGCAACAAGAGGCUGGUUGGCUGGUACAUGCCUGAGGGAGAGGAGGAGGACUCCCAGGAGGAUGGGGACUCCCAGGAGGAGGAGGAAGAGGAGGCGGGUGGCUCAGAGGAGGAGCAGGAAGGCGAGGACAACGUAAAAGCCGCCAUCGAAGCUCAACUAGCUGGCAAGGAAGCCCUGCCUGGCCAGCCAAUACCAGCCGAGGAGGAUCUCGACCAGGAUCCCAGUCAGGAGGAGCUGGACAAGCUGUUUGAGCAGCUCAAGUGCGAAUUCGACGCUGAAACGGAGCAAGAGCGGUCGGAACUCCUCGUCUUGCAGCCGGCAGAAGAGGAGGAAGCAGAGGAAUCCGAGCCACAGCCAGCCCCAAGCCAAAAUCUCGAAGAGGAGGUCGGCGACGACGGCUGGAUCACGCACUCGAACAUCAAGAAGGCCAAGAAAGCCCUGGAGGGCAAGGUGGAGACCGACGAGGUGCCGCCGGUGGCCUGCAUGACCACCGAUUACGCCCUGCAGAAUGUGCUCAAGCAGCUCAAUCUCCACCUGGCCGCCCUGAAUGGCCGAAUCAUCAAGCAGCUGCGCACCUACAUACUGCGAUGCUACGCCUGCUACAGGACCACCAGCAUCAUGACCAAGGUAUUCUGCCCCAACUGUGGCAACAAGACCCUCAAACGGGUGGCCGUCAGUCUGGACGAGAACGGGCGCCAGGUGAUACACAUCAACACGCGCCGGCCGCUAACCAACAAGUACAAGAACCAGAGCCUGCCGCGCUUCCAGGGCGGCAAGCACUCGAGGAACCCCAUCCUGUUCGAGGACCAGCCCAUGCCCCGCCAGAUGCCGUCGCGCGUGGCCAAGACCAAGACGAACGCCCUGGACCAGGACUACACGGCCGGCUUUUCGCCCUUCGUGCUGCGCGACGUGGACUCCAAGUCGGCCAUGCUGCGCUCCAAGGGCAACCUCAAGGAGUGGGCCAGGAACAACAACUUCGAGGAGGAUCGCCGGCGCAAGAACUACAAUCGCCUGUACAAGUAGAUAAACCCUCUUAAUUGUAGACUUUAUAUAAUAUGUAAUAUAUAAAAUAAAACACAAGGGAGAACCUAAAUCUUUA